AUGGCUGCUAGACAAGCCAUUCAAGUUGGUACGAAAAAUGUAAGGCCUGUGCUAUCAUUAAGCCAAGCAGAGGCUAGAUUACGCGUUUUAAACCUGUACAAAGCAUGGUAUCGUCAAAUUCCUUACAUAGUUAAGGAUUAUGAUAUCCCAAAAUCAGAAAAUCAAUGCCGUGCUAAACUAAAGGAGAUUUUCCAAAAAAACAAAGAUGUCACUGAUAUCAGAGUUAUUGAUAUGCUAGUCAUUAAGGGUCAAAUGGAACUCAAAGAAGCAGUGGAAAUCUGGAAACAAAAAGGUCACAUUAUGGUAUAUUUCAAACCUACCGAAGAGCCAAAGCCUAAAGAUUUCUUAUCCAAAUUCUUUUCUGGCCUUGAU